AUGAGGUCGAGCCAAGAGAGCAGCGGGUUCAAGAGGCAGGGCGCUACCGUGGGUGCCAAUAGCGCCAGCGGCUACGGUUACGGCAACAACGCCAUGUACAACGUCGGGACUACGGGUUCGGGAGACUACAAGCAAGCCAAACCCUCUAAGAAGCCGUCGGGCGGCUCGUCGUCGUAUGGGGGCGGAGGUGGGGGCGCUGGCUACGCGAGCCCUCGUUCGGGCCAGGGCUAUGGGGCCGGGGCGUAUUCGAAAAGUGGCGGCGGCGGCGGCAGCAGCGGAGGCGGUGGAGGCGGUGGAGGCGGAGGGCUGCGACAUCUGACUGCGGACACUCCCUCGUACGGCACCGGCUACGUGAUGACCAAGCCUCCAAAAGAGCACAAGGCCCCCAAGGAGCACAAAGAGGCGCCCAAGGAGCACAAGGCGCCCAAGGACAAGAAGGACAAGAAGGACGGCAACAUCAUCACCAAGGUCGGCGUGAAGACCGAGAAGCUGGGCAAAUGGCUCGAAAAGAAAGGGGAGGGCAAGGACGAGAAAAAGGCCAAGAAGGCGCAGGAGCAGCAGUUCCACCAGAACCAGCAGCGCUUCCAGCAGUCAUCCCAGCCACCCCAGCAGCAGCAGUACAACCACGCACCCCAGCAGCAACAGUAUUAUCACGCACCUCCGCCGCAGCAGUACCAUCCACCGCCGCAGCAGCACUACGAGCCAGCCCCAAGCGCUGGCGACAUUCGGCAGUUCUGUGCCGAGUGCGGCUCCCGCCUUCCCGGAGCGCCGGCCAGGUUCUGUGCCGAGUGUGGCACGCCGGUGUGA